AGGUAUCGACCGCAAAUGCUACUAGCGCUGGGUUUGAAUGGCCUCUAAUUUUCAUGAUAUGUCAGACAUACAAUGUGUUGAUCAGAAAAGCAGUGGCAGCGAUAGUAGCAGUACAGGGGAAGAAGAGAGACUGAGACAAUUGUUUCUAAGCUGUGAUUCUAAUAAUGAUGGGUGCUUAGAUUGUAAAGACUUAUACAAUAUGUGUAAGAAACUAAACAUGACAGAAUGUGCCGAGGAAAUUAUAAAUACGCUUGGCGCUAACACCAAAGGGUGCAUCACGUUUGAUGAGUUCCUUAGCUGUCGAGAAAAAGUUUUUCAAAUGCAAACUGAAGCGGAUAAUAUAUAUUUCUCAAGAUCAGGUUUACCACAACAUCUAAAUUAUAAGCAACCUGGAUUUAGCUGGUCUGGUUACACAUCUGAUAAAUUGCAUACGAUAGUUCAAAAUAAUGGACAAGAAGUGAAUGAGAACUCUGUUCGCAAAAUAAACGAAAAUGUUAAUCUCGAGAGUUCUGCCAGCGAAACCAGCCUUGUUAACUCAGGUGCAGAAUAUGAUUCUGGAGCUCAAGAUCUUUGUGGUGAACCGCAAAGUUUACACUUAUUAAUGCAACGUGAUUUUCCUGAUUUAUAUAAAAUGAUAUUUCCAUUACCUUUAAAUUCAAUACGAAAUAAUUUUGAAAAUGAUACCAUAACAAAUGAAUUCAAUUUAUUAUCUAUCAAUGAUAUGAAUAAUUCUACAAAAGACUUACACAAUCAAAAACUGGCUAAUACAAUAAAUAUACAAUCUGUAGAUAAAUUAAGUAACUUAUCGAAGCACAUAGAAACAGAAUCAUUUAGUAUAAAAUCAAUAGAAGUUGAGUCAAAUAACUUUUUAGAUAAUGUUCGACAUUUAUUUGAAUGUGCAAAUACUUUACAUGUACAACAGACAGCUCAACUACGUUCUGAAAUUCGUGAUCUAUCUCAUAGAUUACAAGGAUUACAGACAAGUCGUGAUAUAAAUCAUCGUGAAGUACAACGUUUACAACGUGAUAAAGAACAAUUACGUAAUGAAUUAACUAAUCAAGUAUCACGUUAUGAAGAUCGUUUAACUGAAUUACAUAGUGUUAUUGCAGAAUUACGACGUCGUUUAGAACAUUCAGAAUCAAAUAUUAUACAUGAAGUAGAAGAGUUUGAAGAAAAUGAUGGUGAAGAUGAUGAUGAUAAUAAUGAUAAUGGUAAUGAUAAAGUAAAUGAUAAUCAUGUAUCAAUGAAUUAUAAAUCAAAUAGAAAAUCAAAAUUAUCCUUCAUAAAUACAUUCAAUACUAAUAAGAUCAAGGAUUAUUCAAUGAAUGAAUAUGAAUUGGAUAAAGAUAUUAGUGGAAAUAGUGAUACCUCAGUUGAUGUUAUCAUGGAUGGUGAUGAUGAUGAUGAUGAUGAUGAUGAUGGUGAUAAUGUUGAAGAUGUUGUUAAUCCAUCCAAUGAUGUUACUAAGGAUAAAUUAAAUAAAUAUAUUGGAAUUAUAAAUCAAUAUCAUCCAUCACAAUUAAAUUCACAUCAAUUCUUAAUACAAACAUCAAAUCAACUAGCUUGCUUAGAUAAUGAUAAUAAUAAUAAUAAUGACAAUAAUAAUGUGAAUACGGAAGGAGUAUCUAGGAAUUAUAACCAUAGUCUUUGUAUAAAAUAUGAAACAAUUAUAUCCAAUAUGCAAGCUCAAUUAACAUGUGUCAUUGAAGAACGUGAUAGGUUAGCUAAUCAAUUAAAUGAGUUAACUGGAACUAAUCAAUCAUUACUUCCUAAUUCAACAAUAAUUACUGAAGGUGUUUCAUCAUCUUUACCAUUGAAAACAUCAACAGUAUCAACAAUAUCAGAGGUAGUAGGAUUAAAAUCAUGUUCUAUAUCACAUCCUAUUAUGGGUUUAAAUCAAUCUGUACAAAUGAAAUCCAAUAAUAGUAAUUUAUCAUAUCCUCUAACAUCUUCUCUUCCGACUCCUUCUUCUACAACAGGAUUUUCAAUAUCUAAACAACAAACAAAUAUAGAUAACAAUAUCGUUAACCAAUUACAUAAGACUACUUCAUUGGAACAUUUAAAUGAUAACAAAGUAACUGAUACAACAACAAAGUCAUCAUCAUCAUCAUCAGCAGCAGCAGCAACAACAACAGCAACAUUGACAACAAUCACAACACAAAUGAAUUCUAAUGUUUAUGAUUUACCUGAACCAGAAUGGAUUACACAAAUAUUAAAACAAUAUUAUGAAUAUAAUAUCACUAAUAAUAAACAAAAUAUUCCAACAACAGCAACAACAACAACAACUGCUACUAAUAAUAGUGUUGGCGAAUUAUGUAUAGAUUCUAUUCAUUUACCAAUAUCAUUUACACCAUAUACAUUAAUGUUAUUUUUAUCAAAUUUAGCAUAUUUUACACCAUAUAAACGUUUAUCUGAUAUAGCACAAUGUGCUCAAUUAAUAUUAUAUCGUUUAUUAACUAUAUUAAUACGUUAUCAAUCGGAUUGUUUAGUAUUACAAGCUAAUUUAACUGAAAUUAAAUUAAAUACAGAUCAAAUGCAAUGUUAUUUAAAUCAAAUAGAAUCAAAUUGGUCUAUUAUGAAACAUACAAUACAAUUAUCAGAAUCUGCAUUAGAAAUUAGUAAUUGUUUAAAUCAGUUAUAUUCCACAGAAUUAGCUGUCACUAUAUUUCGUCAAUCACAAAAUAAUCAAUUGAUGAAGCAUCCAUUCUCAACAAUAUCAUCAUCUACAUCAUCUUCAUCAUUUCAUGGUCAUAAUAAAUCAUCACAAUUACAUCAAUCACAACAUCCUCAACAAUUGAAAAGAUACAAUAAUAAUAAUAAUAAUACACAACAGAUUUCUGUUACAACAUCACCAUAUCAAUUAUAUUCUUCAAUUGGUUCCUCAGAAGAACAUGAUUUAUUAAAUAAUGUUGUAACGACUAUCAAUAAUACAACUUCUGGAGUUGGACAACAACAACAACAACAACAGAUCUUUUCAAUGAAUCAUUUCAAUUUGCAUAAUUUGAAAUUAUUGAGACAACAAGUUGAAUAUCAAGCUUAUACAAUAUUAGAUAAAUAUGAAACAUCAGAUGGUGGUUAUGAAAAAAUUCUACCAACAUCAUUAUCUAAUUUAACAAAUAUCCAUAUGACAACAACAUCAAGUAAUAAUAGUACUAUACCUAUUGUAAAUGGUACUAAUUUAUCACAAUUACAUAAUUAUCAACAUAUUCAAUCCCCUAUAAGUCCUGGUCUUUGUUCUAUACAAUCUGUGAUUACAUCAUCAAAUAGUUUAUUAGAUAAUAAUAAUAAUAAUAAUAGUCAUAGUAAUAGUGUUUAUGCCAAUUCAUGGUAUGUUAGUUUAAAUCGUAAUAAAUUAAAUCCUUUACAAUGUUUAUCAAAUGAAAUAAAUGAACAAUUACAUUUACAACAAUCAUUGAUCAAUACUAAUCAAUCAUUACAACCAUUACCUUCAAUAACAUUGAAUUCAACAAUUGGUUCUAUUCCAUCAGUAACUUAUUCACAACGACAAUAUAAUAAUAAUAAUAAUAAUAAUAUACGAUUAAAUAAUCCUCAUUUACGUUCAUUUAUGAAAUUAAAUUCACAAGGAAAUACAAAUCAUAAUAUAAAUGAAAAUGGUGAUGGUUAUGGUUGGGAAACUCCAGAUUCAGGUGCUGGAAGUAGUAGUAUUAAUGAAAUCUCAUCACAACAUCAUCAUCAUCAUCAUCAUCAUCAACAACAACAACAACACCACCACCACCAUCAUCAACAUCAACGACAACAAUCAGGUUAUUUAUUGAAUCCAUCAUCAUCAUUAUUUUUAUCUUCUUCAACUUCUUCAUUAUUGUUUGGACAUUAUUAUCAAACUUAUGGUGAUGUAAAUCAAACUAAUACUAUGAAUAAAGUAAAUCAUCAAUCAGAUUUAUUUAUGUUCAAUACAUUAUUAGAUAAUCUUCCACCAUUAUGGACAUUAUUUACUAAAACAUCAACAUCUUUAUAUGAAUCAGAUAUAGAUUCAUCAGAUUCAUCUGAUCUACCAGGAAAUAUUCAUAAAACUACUGAUUUAUCAAAACAUAUUACUCAUCCUCAUCAUCAUCAUCAUCAUGGUCCUCCUCCUCCUCCUGUUCCUCCUGUUCCUCCGCAUCAUCAUCAUCAACAACAACAACAUAAUAGUAAUAGUAGUAUAAAUGGUCAAUUAAUGCCUCAACUACCUCUUAUUUCAUCAUCCUCAUCCCAACAAUUAUCUAAUUGGUCUAGAUUAGAAGAACGUAAAUUACGUAUAAUUUAUUAUCAAUUAAUUCAUACAUAUAAACGUUUACAAUCUAUGUUAAUUGAUAUACCUAAUACAUAUCAAUCGGUUAUACCAAAUGAUACAAAUGAAAUUGGAGACAGGACAAAACCUACAAAUGAUGUUAUUAAUUAUGAUCAAAAUAUAUCAUCAGUUAGUUCAAUACAACAACCAAUUCAUUUAGAUCAAAACAAUUCGAUUUCAAUGAAUUCAUUACGUAAAUUACCAUUGGCUGUAUUUUUGGAAAAUUCCGUUCUAUUACAAGAAUUAUGUUGUAUUAAAGAAGAAUGUGCUGAUCUUAAAAUUCGUGUUUAUUUACUUGAAAAAGAAUUACGUGCUAAUCGUUUAACAUUAGAUAGUCGUGCUGUUGCUGAACGUGCAUUACGUGCUCAUCUUGAUGCAUUAAUUAUUGAACAAAAUAAUCAAUAUUCAAUCAUAAAUGAUAAUAAUAUAAAAUUAUCACAAUUCAUUAAAACAACAACGGUGACAGCGACAGCGACAGCGACGACGAUGACGACGACGACGACAACAACAACAACAGGUGCAGGAACAGGAACAACAUUAACUAAUCAAUCUAUACAGAAUAUUAAUCAAAAUGAAAUAGUUUUAUUAAGAGGUCAAGUCAAGAAUCUAUUACAAGCUCUUGAAGCAUUACGUAGUAGUACAGAAAUACAACAAAUACAAAGUGAAGAAUUAGUAAAUGAUUUAAAACGUGCUAAUAGUGCAUUAAUUAAAGCAUUUAAUAAAAUUAAAUAUAAAUAUACAACACGUAUUAAAAAAUUAGAAAAUCAAUUAAAUUCUAUUCAUUCUAUUCCAUCAUCUACAUAUUCUACAUCAUUUCUAUCGAAUUUAUCUAAAACAAAUAUUUCAAUAACUACUUAUACUACUACUACUACUACGACUAGUAGUAUAACUAGUACUACUCAUAACAAUGAUUUAAGUAAUACAUUUAAAGGAUAUAUGAUAGAACAUCAUAAUAUGAAUGAAAUAUCAAAAGCAUCUAUUGUAUUCAAUGAUAUAAAUAAUGUAAAUAUGAAUUGUCAAAUUUAUCCUAUUUAUCCUAUACAAAGUGAUUUAUCACCACCACCACCAUCACAACAACAACAACAACAACCUAUAAUAACAACCUCAACACAUUCAUUGAAUAUACCUUCAAUGAUUGAUUAUCAUAGUGAUUUAUCAUUAAUUCCAACAUCUCAUAUUCCUGCUAUUCCUCUACAUCAACAACAACAACAACAACCACAACAACAUUAUCCUCAUCCUCAUUAUCCACAAAUACAACAACAACAACAACAACAACCUAUUACAUUGAAUACAUCUCAAUUGAGAACAAUGCCACUUUCAACUACUACUCCGACUACAACUACAUCACAACAUUUUGCAAAUUUAAAACAUUUUCCUACUCAUUGAAAAAUUAUUCAAUUCAUCUUUUACUUCAUUGUUAUAUAUAUAUAUAGGUCAUCAAACAAAUCAGUAAAGGAAAAACUAACUUCUCCUCCUCCUCCGCCGCCUCCUCCUCCUCCUUCUCCUCCUCUUCCCCCCUCCUCCUCGUACUAUUACCACUUUAGUUUUUUAUACGAUUCUUGUUUUUCUUGUUUCUUUCUUUCUUUUUUUCCUUUUUUUGUAUGUGAAUACUUAGCAACAACAAGAACAAUUCAGAUUGUUACAUAAUCUUUUGUUUCUUUUUUUUUCUUUUUCUUUUUUUCAUAUUUUCCGCGGUUUGAUUUCAUUUAGAAUAAAACUUUUUCUGGCGGGAAAUGAUAUUCUUACCGAUACUUUAUGUAUACAUAUUCAAAUAAAGAUAAUGUGGUGUUUUUACUGCUGAAAUACUCUUUUAUUUAAUAUAUAUUUAUAUACUACUCAUUAUUACUACUUAUAUUCAUGAUAUACAUUAAAUGAGAUCAAAAAUGAAUCAGUGAUGAGUUACAAUAUGCCUUAUAAUAUAAGAUUUAUCAUUUUCAUAUAGUGGUUAGUUGAUUUCAAUCAUUAAAUGAAUAGAAUAUGAUUUAUGCUUUGGAUAAUAGAUCUGCAUUUUAUUGUUGUUGUUGUUAUUGUUAUUGUUAUUGUUGUAGUUCUUUCACAUUGUACACUCAUUCUAACCAAUCCAAAUGACAAUGAUGAUGAUGGUGGUGGUGGUAGUGAUGCAUUUGUUUUUAUCGUUUCUUUUUUCUUCUCUCCCUCUCUCUCUCUCUCUUUCUCUUUCUCUCUUAGAAACAAAACAAACUACGUAAUAAUCAGAGAAUCGAGGGGAGGGGGGGAGUGUUGUGAAUAGAGAUUUUAGUCAUUUUUAAAGUUAAAUCAUCAUAGAAAAAAAAUGAAAGUAUUGGAUGGUUGUUUUGUUCUAGUAUGGAACUUCUCGACAGGAUGAAAUGGUCAUCCAAAUAUUUCUAAGUUUUCUAUUCUGGUCUAUAAAAUUGAACUAUUAAAACAAGACAUUUCAUCUUUGAUAACUUUUUUUUACUUUACCUCUUCUUGAUUAAACCUUCUAUCCCAGUUAUAUAUAUAUAUAUAUAUAUCAAUCUGAUGUUCAUCUUGUUGUACUAAUGGGAUAUGGCAACGUGGACCAAUGCUUAGUCCCUAGAUUGUAUCUAACUGAUUGAUUGAUUGAUUGAUUGAUUGAUUGACUGAUCAAUUACAUAAUCAUAUUUUAGAUCCAUCUAGAAAGUGUUUAAAAUGAUUCUCAGUAUUGUUUAUUUCAUUGUUAUCAUAUUGUUUUAACUUGACUUACUUACUUAGUUAUUUACGCCUGUUACUCGUAAUGGAGUAUAGGCCGCCGACCAGUAUUCUCCAACGAAAUCACUCUGUCAUGGGCUUUCUUUUCUAGUUCCAUCUAAUUGUUGUUCAUUUUUUUCAUGUCUAUCACUAUUUCCCUGGCGUAAUAUAUUCUUCUUUGAUCUUUCUCUUUUCUUUUGGCCUUGAAGAUUCUAGGUGAUGAGAGAUUGUCUUGUGAUACAGUUGUGUGCUUUCCUCAAUGUGUGUGUGUGUUUUAUCCACUUCUAGCGUUUCUUCCUAAUUUGUUCCUCCACUGGGAUCUGAUUUGUUCUUUCUUAUAUAUUGUUUUAACUAUGUAUACUCUAUUGUUCUUAUUCCUUUAUCCCUUCUUUUUUUCACUUAUAUAUAUAUACUACUGAAUUACUUAUUUUGAUUUGCACAUAUUCAAAUACAUGCAUAUAUAUAAUGUAAAUUUCUUCAUUAGUAAUUUUGUAUAAACAAGCAGUUUAUAGAUAUACAAUAAUAUUACUUAUUUGGGUGAUGUUCUCUUUUGUUUUGUCAAAUGUAUGAACUGUUUUUGUUUGAAUGAGAUUACUAUAGUAAUCAAGAUCAUUCUAAAGAUAUCUUGAGACUUGGAAUGAACAACAGUCUUUGAUGUUAUAACUUAUGAACCUAUGUGCCCUGCUAAUUAAUGUAUAACAUGUAAUGAUACCGCCAAUUAGAGAGCAACCAAUUAUCGAUUGGAUCAAUGACGUCAUAAAACCUGUAAGAGCAAUCUAUAGGGCCCCCAAAUGCCCUGGUACGGCCGAGAGUGGGGAGAGUACGCUCUCCCUCUCGAAAUGCUCUCACAUGGCCACGUGUAUAUAGCCUCUGCCAGGGAAGUCCUACUCACUGCCUUCACUUGGCGGGAGUGUUGUUUGCAAAAAUGAGAGGACGAAAAGCGAAUGUCUGGCGCUUUAACCACAUCCCAAACCAAUGGUGCACAUGGGCUCCAGUAUCCUGCGGGAACAAAUGGUGUAUGAACCAAUCGUUGGUCACCGGCUACCAUGGGACUGCAUCUCCUCACGAUGCUCCACUGCCUUGUGGGUCAGACGUUUAGGUCAAAGGCUCGGGGUGUGGCCCCCUAAGGAAAGCACCUGUUUCGGUUUGGGCACCCGGGCAGUAUCACAGCCCUCACACAAAUCAAUUGAGAUUCGUGUGGCGCAUAUGUAUUUGGUGCCUCCCUGUACCUAUACUUAUGUGUUAAAAUAAAUAAAUAAUAAAUAAUAUACAGUACUUAUCAGUUCUGCUUCUUGCUUAGCCUAGAUAGUUUAAGUCCAGAACAUUAGUCUCAACCUCUACAAUAUGAAUUAUGUAUUUUAAGCAUACAGGGGUUAUAUACCAACCAGACAGAUCACACUAUACCAAUAAAAUAUGAAACAACAUUUGUACAAGAUUUAGCUAAAUGUGACUGUGAAUGAGAAAGGUAGUAAUUGAUAGAUCGGACAUAUCUCAAGUUUAUGGAUCAAAACGUAACUCAUAAUAAGAGGGAUAUGAAUAUGAAUAGUUUAGUUACUUGACAAUUAUACGAUAAAAAUAUACGUAUAGUAUUUGUCCAUAAUAGAUUCCAAAAGUUACCAUUCAUUAUGUUUAUCUGGAUAUAAUACUUGGUCACUUGAGACUGUGAUGAUAGAGCUCAAAGGAUAACUGACUGAUAUCAGUCAUUUAAAAACUUUCUAUAAGUAGUUUCUAUAUAUGUUAGAUUCUUAAUUUUUAAGCUCUAUCAUCAAAGAAAAAGGAAUUCAUAGGGAAAAAGAUGAGGUAAGUGAUAAGUUUUGCGAAUUUGAGCGCUAUACUCAGUUCCUAAGCUAUUCUUCUUGUAACCCCCAAAGCUAGAACUAUACAGCGACCUGAACACGAGAGAGAAGGCGCAAAGUAUGCAAAAAGUACUUUACUCCAAAGGUUGAUUUUAAUACAAAAAAUAUAGGGUUUUUAGAAUAUUGUAAAUGUACUUAGAUUGCUCGAAGAUUCUGGAAUACUACUAAACAUAGUAGUAGUAUAGCAAUCAGUCAAUCAGAACCUCUGUAUGUGACGUUCCUUCUCUGAUCUUGAGGAUUCCAAGUGAUAAGGACUUGCCCUGUGACGUAGUUUUGUGCUUUCCUCAAUGUGUGUCCUAUCCAGUUUCAGCCAGCGAUUCUUCCUGAUUUCAUUUUUCACUCAAAUGUGGUUUGUUCUCUCCCACAGUAGUGUAGUGUAGUGUCUGGUCAGCGGAUCCGAAGUAUUUUGUGUAGACAACUAUGAAUAAACAUUUGUAUGUUGUGGAUGAUGGCUUUUGUAGUUCUCCAUGUUUCCGUGCCCCAUACAGUAGAACUGUCUUGACAUUUGUAUUGAAACUUCUGACUUUGGUGUUGGUUGACAGACUGUUGUUUUGAGUUCGUGAUGUUCUUCAGUUGUAUAUAUUCUACUCUUGCUUUACCGAUCUGUACCUUCACAUCUGUAUCUGAUCCAACGUGUUCAUCAAUGAUUCUGCCCAAAUAUGUAAAGGUUUUGUUAUACGGUCUUGAAUGAGCACUAAUGAGGUGUCUCAUGUUAGAAAUAAUAUGCUAUCUGUUGUUUUCUGAUUUUCAAUGCUGGAUAAAUAGCCCCCCCCCCCGUAAAUCAAACUAAUUAUAAUAAAGUAUCUCGAUAAUCAUAUAUUAUAGUAUCCUCAUUGAUAGCUUGCUUCAAGAGGAGUUCUCAAAGUUCCAGUGAAGAGUUUUGAUUUAGUCGAGUGAGAUGGUGAUCACCAAUUAAUGAUAGUGAAUUACUGUCAUGCUAUAUCACAAAUCAAUUAAAGUUAGAAAUGUAAAACACUGGAUAUCAGCUCAAUGAUGUAAGAGUUAAAGACUUAUCUCCAAACUGAAUUAUCUUAGGUUUAUUCCGUAUCAAAGACAUAGGUAUCUACUACCGAGCAGUCUCAAACUACUACGAAACUGUUAUAUGAUACUUCUUCUAGUUUUCAAUGGCCUGUCAACUAACAUUCAUCAAUGAUAAGAAUAAACUUCACAUUGAGCUGACUAUCAUAAAUCUUUAAUCUGAACAAUGAGCACUAAACCAAUACGUUUAUAAUGGAUUGAUCACUGGAUGAUGAUCAAUGUCAUGUAUAUCAGGUCCUUCUUAGUGCAGAUCGAAUCCCAUAGACCGAGUCGCAAUGUGGACACCAGUGUAAGUGACUCGAUAUUACGUGCACUAUGUUAAGAUAAGAUGGUGGUUGGAGGUAAUUAACAGGAAACCCUGGACCUGGGUUACGUGCUAUUUGUCACUCGUCAGCAAGGUGUACCUGUAAUCUUGAGGGAACUGAUGCUCUCUGAUGGACUCAGUUUCAUGUUACCCAGCUUCACAGUUAGAGACAUUAUCAUUAGGCUAUCCGGUCCGCGACUGACCUCCUGUAGGAUUGAGCUGUAUUCACAAUACAUUAAACACACAUAAAUAGUUUAAGUAUUUUAUUCAAUCAAACGACAUGAGUAAAUUCAAUACAUUUCUUAUAAGAUUACAAUAGAAAGCAGUCGUUUAUAAAUUUGCAUUACUGGUACAUUGAUUCACUUUUGAAACAGUUCUGAAAUGUAUGGAAGGAUAAAACAGAAAAGCGCAUUCAACAAGGGAAAGAAGAAUGAAAUUAAGAUGAUCAGUAGUAUUGAUCACAGGUGUGAGGGAUAUUCCACCACGGAUUUGUGCACAAGGUACAGACUUUUUACCCAAUAUUCCCCCAUAUAGGUAUUGUAAGAACUGAAGACGUAAGUAGAUUCCUUAUAUAAGCACAUAAAACCAGUAAACAUUGUACAGGGGGGGUCUAUCUCGGUGGGAUUGGAAAACUCUGAUUCUAAAUCAUCGAUGAACAUGGGCUUCAGAAUCCUGAGUGAAUCAAAGGUGUAUAAACCUAUUGUUAGUCACCAACUACCAUGGUACUGCAUCUCCUGACUUUGCUCUACUACCUUGUAGAUUAGACCUUUGGGUCAAAGGCUCCGGGUGCCCCCCCCCCUAAGUAAACCACCUGCUACGGUUUGGUCACCCAGUCAGUAUCUCAACCCUCAAAUAAAUCAAUGAUAACUACUACUGACUUCGUUGUUAUUGUGUCGCCCAUAUGUAUUUAGUACCCCCUUGUACCAAUGUUUACUUGUUAAAGUAAAUAAAUAGUGCAUCUGUUUCACCCUUGUAUAGGAAUCAUGAGUGACAAUGUACAUCUACGACCGGAUUAUUGAUCGAACCUAGAAAUUUCAAAUCCCGUAAUGAGCGUUUAAAAUUAAUUUGCCUAACUUCAAUCAACAAUAUAGGUGAGUAAUUACCUUAAACCAGAUAUACCUGAACUCCAUUGAGUACAGAGUCUCAAUAGAGUCCAGAGAACUAUAUCUUGAGGGUAUAACUACUAAUUACUAAUGUAGGAGGUUUGUAGGGUUUCUUGAAUAUUGAAGUUUGAAUCUUAAAACUGAAAAAAACAAUUAGCCAAUACUUUCUGAUUUUUGGUGGUUGCUCAACUGAAUUCAAUCCAUAAUGUAAGCAAAUACAAUUCAAAAAUUUUCACAAAUUUGCUACAUUAACUACUGGAUUGGCUAAACUGACUUAAGAGGACCUAGGUUCAAGUUGAUAACCGAAUGGUUGAAGGUCGAAUUAUUCAACCACUAUACCUUGACAACUGAGCACAUUAGUAACUAUAGUAAUUCAGUAGUAACCUAAUGAAUAAACUUCUGUCAUUUGAAGUAUAUAGUUUUGAUUCUCUGAAGGAACGUCAAUAUUGAACUUCACAGUUAUAUCCAAUUGACAGGUCCCCAGUAGGAGAGAUUUCUAAUCGGUUUUUUG